AUGAGGCGAGGAGGAAGAGCCAAGCACUCUUUUGAAAUGAUGCCGAGCCAAGCACUCUUUCGAAACAGGAAAGUUGUAGGUUUGAUGAUGGGAUGUUUGGGAUUGUCAAAGCAGCCUACAAGACCUGUCCCUUUUGCUGAAAAUAGUGGAUCUUUGCAAAUUGAUCAAAUAGUUUGUAAUUCUCCAAGGAUCAGACUCAGUGAUGGAAGAUUUUUGGCUUACAGGGAGACAGGAGUCCCCAAGAACAGGUCCAAUUACAGAAUUAUUGUUGUUCAUGGCUUUGGCAGCUCCAAAGAAAUGAACUUUAUGGCACCCCAAGUAUAA